CUGAAAAAGGGGUAAAACCAUUAAGUCUGCAUGCCUCAAUCCUCAUCAUCUGUGCGUCAACGGUCGUGUCGGGCUAAUCCCGGCGUCUUUGCCGUCAUCGAGUCAUGGAUCUGCUCCACAGUUGGGGGGUGAGUGUGGCGGUCUAUUUGCAGACCGAGUACGUUGCCUAUGAGAGUUGGUUUCAGCUGAUAUCCUACGUGGCAGACCUGCACACCACCUUCUUCAUCUUCUUCCCCAUCUGGUUUCACCUGAAACGGGAUGUUGGCAUCAAGCUCAUCUGGGUUGGUGUUGUUGGGGACUGGCUUAACCUGGUGCUAAAAUGGGUUCUUUUUGGACAAAGGCCUUACUGGUGGGUUCAUGAAACCAGGUUUUAUGGCACUGAGUCAGCACCUGCUCUAAGGCAGCUUCCCAUCACGUGUGAGACCGGACCAGGAAGUCCUUCUGGUCAUGCAAUGGGCUCUGCUGCAGUAGGGUAUGCGGUGGUCACGUCAUUGCUAUCCAUUGCUGCUCAGAGAAAACCUCCUGCUUCGAUUUAUUGGCUUUUACAGAUACUGUUAUGGAUGCUGUUGGGGAUGGUGGAGCUGUUAGUCUGCAUGUCUCGUGUUUAUGUCGCUGCCCACUUUCCCCACCAGGUUAUAUGUGGCGUUAUCUCAGGUAUCAUUGUAGCUGAAGUAUUCUCGAGACAACGAUGGAUUUACAACACCAGCCUACAGAGUUACUUCAACAUCACUCUGUUCCUGACCGUUUUCGCCGUGGGCUUUUACGUUCUCUUGAAGGCCGUGGGUGUGGAUCUGCUGUGGACUUUGGAAAAAGCUCAGAAAUGGUGCGUGAACCCAACCUGGGUCCUCAUGGACUCGACGCCGUUCGCCAGCUUGAUGCGCAACAUGGGCACCUUGUUCGGUCUGGGCCUGGGCCUGCACUCGCCACUCUAUAUCGAGAGCAAGAAGAGCACCAGCGUUCCCUUCAGAAUAGGCUCAAUUACCCUGUCAUUAGCCCUUCUGCAGCUCCUGGACUUUUUGACCUUCCCGUCAGAUAACCAUACGAUCUUUUACAUUCUGUCAUUCGUUAAGAGUGCAGUCGCUCUUUUAGUUCCCACCACACUUGUUCCUAGAUGUUUGUCCUUGUUUUUCCAGGAAAGGAAAGUUGAAAAGUCCUCAUAGAUAACAAUUUCAGAUGUUGAUAAUGGUGAGUGAUAAAUACUUAGCCUGAAAGUCAGUAUAUUGGUUAUGUUCCACAACGAUUUAGCUCAGGUUCUCGUCCAUGCACUUCUCCAGCAUCAGGCUUCACGCUUCCAUGGUUUUUUUUUAUGAAUACACCUCAGAGGCCAAGUAUAGUACAUGUAUUGUAUCGUAUUUAAAGCUUCACAGGCACGGCGGCUUAGUGGUUAGCACGUUCGCCUCACACCUCCAGGGUUGGGGGUUCGAUUCCCGUCUUCACCUUGGGUGUGUGGAGUUUGCAUGUUCUCCCCGUGCCUCGGGGGUUUCCUCCCCUGGUCCAAAGACAUGCAUGGUAGGUUGAUUGGCAUCUCUGGAAAAUUGUCCGUAGUGUGUGAGUGUGUGAGUGAAUGAGAGUGUGUGUGUGCUCUGUGAUGGGUUGGCACUCCGUCCAGGGUGUAUCCUGCCUCGAUGCCCGAUGACGCCUGAGAUAGGCACAGGCUCCCCGUGACCCGAGAAGUUCGGAUAAGCGGUAGGAAAUGAGAGAGAGUGAGUGAGUGAGUGAGUAAAGCUUCACACUUCUUGUGCCUAAGAACAAUUCUUCCAAGUCCAUUCUGAGACCUUCUGACAUCAAACAGAAGGUAUUUUAUAGAAACUAGAAGAUUUUAAGAACUCCUAUUAAUGAUCAGUAGUUGCGAAGAUGUUAGAGUGGUUUCUUUUGGUGUAUUUUAGCCGAAGCCAUCGUGUAGCUGCCGGGGAAUUUCCUUCCCUAUCUUCCCUAUGAGUCUGGCCCAUUCACUACAACUACAAAUACUGUCAAAAAACAUGUCCAAAGGUCUUUCAACCAGCUCUUGUACUCUGAACUGCUCACCGAAGUCAGUGUUCUAUACGUGUGGGAUUGUACAAUGCUGAGUUACUAAUUGCCAUCGGGGCCAUGCGUGUGCUUGUGCGUUCCUAUGCUGACGAUUUCAGAGAUUGUGGAACUUUUAUGGAACUCGUAAAACUUAAACGAUCUGUGCAUUUAAGUGCAGAAGUAAAUUCAGGAGUCGUGUACAUUUUGUACAUUUUCCUUGCUCUUACACAACCGAUGAACUUGUCAAUUAAUAACUAAUGACUUCAAUCAGCUUUGAGCAUUGAAAUCACCAGCCGGUCCUUUAUACGCUUGGAUGAAUCUUUUAUCCUUUCAAUGCUAAUUAUGUAUUUUUAUGUUGUUGUAUAUUAAUUAAACCAAACCAUUCAUUUACCUUUCGAAAAA